AUGGCUUCUCUACUUGGCGAACAAGUGUUUGAAAUAAGUGGUGUAGGUCCAUCGCCUUCAAAAGAUUUUUUUCAAAUUGUUAUCACCAAAACCGAUGUGAUAUGGAGAUCAUGGAAGAUUUCCCUACGAGUAGAAUUUCGUAGUUCCGGACCUGGAGAAAUGAAGCAAUCCCAUGAGGAAUAUUUGCUUGAUUCUCGACUGCAGCACCAGGUAGGUCUGGUGUUCGGACAGAAGAUUCUACAGUACACCCUUGCACUGUGCAAGGGACACUUUGACUACAUUCAGCUCCUACCCAGCCACCUACUGCUGAGAAUAGUCUCCUAUCUGAAUCUAAAGGAUACAGGACAGCUUGCACAGACCACAGAGAAGUUCAGGAAGCUCUGCAACUCUCCAGAGUUUUGGGAGCAGAUUGUGAGGCAUCGCUGUGAUGAUUUCACCGCUGACAUGGAGGGUCUUGCCAAAGCCAUGGGCUGGAGAAAUAUGUAUUUAAAUUUCUUUCACAAGAAAAAAGAUCAAGAAGCUGUCGACAAUCAGCAGGGAGGUAGUGAGACACCAUCGGCUUAG